AUUGUCCUGCUGCUGCCUUCUACCCAUUUUGCCAUAACUUUGCAUGCCUCCUUUGAUCUGAGAUAUUUUUCUGCACACUGCCUGUUUCCACUUGCCGUGCUGGGCCCUCAGGCUUCUGUUAAUAUGAAGGCACCCAUCUUAUUAGAAACUCAUGACAGUUCCCAACAUGGAUUGUACAAGAUAAAUCACAAAACCAGUGAGCUGCAUGAGGAUACCAUUUAUCAUUGUGUUAAACCUUUAUGAUCGUGAAAUCCGAAGAGGUGGUGGAGUGGCUAUCUUUUACAAAAAGUCACUGAAUCUAAAAAAUAUUCAAGUUGCACACAAACUUCCUUUCCCUGAAACUAUUGUAUGCGACCUAUCCCUUAACACUACUCUUCGAUUCUUACUAUGCUACAGAGCCCCUGACUAUGACAUUACCCAUGCAAAUAUGCUAACCUCACUGCUAACAUGGGCUACCUCUUGCCCAUACCCUCUCAUCUUCCUGGGCGACCUAAAUCUACCUCUCAUUAACUGGAUAACUAAUGAAUGUACAACUGAUCCAAUCCAUACUACAAUCCAUACUACACUAUACAACGCUGUUACAAACCUUGAACAACUUGUAACUAACAAUACAAGACUCAACAACUGCCUUGAUCUCAUCUUCUGCAACAACCCAAACUCAAUUUAUGGACUACAAAUUAAAGAACCUUUUUCCAACAGUGACCACUGCAUGAUUGAUUUUCGUCCCAAUAUACGUCCAUACUCAAAUCAUCAUAACAAUAAUAUCCCCAUCUACAAGUUCAAAAAAGCCAACUACGACCUUAUAAACAACGAUCUUUCAUUUCUGGACUGGCAAAAUCUGUUUGCAAACUGCAUAACUGCUGAAGACCACUAUAGAGUUUUCCUACUUGAAAUCAAUAGAAUCAUUAAACUAUAUGUACCACAAAUGACAACCAUGAUCAGGAAAAGCAAACUACCCAUAUCAAUAAAAAAGCUUCAAUCAAAAAAAUAUCCCUCUGGAAAAGAAACAAAAAAGGCUUUGUAGCAAAUUUCAAAAACCGCUACAGAAAUAUAUGCAACCAAAUAAAAACUGAAUGCACAAAUUACCACACCAAACAAGAAGAGGACCUUCUGCGCACAAAUUCCAAUCGUGCCUUUUAUAAUUUUGUUAACAAUAAACUUAAAGACUCAAGAUCCAUCCCACCACUAAAAGAUUCUAACAACAAAGAAUGCAAUGACGAAACAGUUAAAGCCAACCUCUUCAACAUAUUCUUUGGCUCAGUUUUUGUUAACAGCGAUGACACAUAUCCGACAUUCCACAAACGUACCAGCAAUGAACAUGAUGACUUAACUCAUAUAGACUUCACAGAAGAAAAUAUUGGAAAAGCUCUUCAUAACA